AUGGGCUUCAUACCACCACACAUGCUCAAGGCCAAGGCAGCGAGCCAGAACGUCUCUGCUGAAGAGCGGGAGGCGUCAAGGAAGACGAUGGUGAUGGAUGCUGCUAGGCAGGCGCAGAAGGAGGGUGGGGAGAAGGGAAAGACGAGUGGUGGUGGUGGGGGUUCGACGGAGGUGAAGGGCGAGCACAAGAAGGGUGAGGAGGGGGAGAAGAAGUGA